CUUGAUCCGAAACAUCCUGAGCUGUUAAUGUUACUGUAAACGGACAUUACCGGAAUAGGAUUAGACAAUCCGGCCGGCACAUCCAGUUUUUGUGUGCUCGGUGGAACCUUUAUAAGUGGUCGAAUACUACACGCAGUACCCAUGUAUUCAGUGAAACAGAAGCACGCAUGAAUCGUGGAGUGCCUAUUAUGCUUGUGUUAAUACUACUUACUCUCCCACUCGUGUGUGGAAACGAGGUACCACUUCAAUGCCCAAAUGGGUGCUCUUGUACUGGACAAACAAUUUCUUGCCGUAGAGCUGGAAUGCGAACGGUUCCACGAUUCCCCCAUAUAGUUCCUGGCCCAAAUGGUGGAGCAUUGCAAUUCCUCCUUAUAACUCAAAAUCCAAUAAUUCGCCUGGAAAGGGCAUCGUUUGAAAAGCAACCCGAUCUACUACAGCUCGACCUUUCGUUCAACCAAAUGGUAUGGGUAUCAAAAGACGCGUUCUUGGGUGUACCGAGUUUGCGAAGUUUAUCACUUAGAGGCAAUCGUUUAGCCUACUUGCCUCACCAGGUGUUCAUGCCCGUUUUUAUGCUCGAAGAUUUGGACUUAUCCAGAAAUCAAUUGCGAAAUGUUCCAUUGUCUUUGGAAGGGUUGGUGUAUUUACGGCGCCUGUCACUUUUCGGUAAUCCGCUUCAUUGUCCUUGUGAAUCAGUAGACUUGUCGAUCAGCCUCAUUCAGCUGGAGCCCCCACGUACAAAAGUAACAUGCCUGACCCCUCCGGAGGUAGCCCAUUUCCAGCUGGCGGAUUUGGGACGACGUGUAUUAGAUGUGGUGGACACGACACGGAUGUACGGAUACCAGGCUGUUGAUGAUUCAGAGAGAGAACACUUCAUUCGAACACAACCAUUCGUUCCAAUACCAAAAGAACUGAAGUAUCCCUGGCCUUGGCCUCACUGUCCUGUGAGAGACUUUGGUGGAUUGCAGUCGCAGUUUAUUACAGACUCUUCCGAAGAAGAAGGUUCACUAGUUGACGGAGAUGAGGACUUGCAUUUUUACGCAGCUACGAACUUGGGGCUACCGCGUUGGACUGACACUCCACAAAGCGUGCAGGUUGUGGCAGGUGAUCUAGUACGUUUUGUUUGUGGUGCUGAAGGACAAAGAGAUCUUCAAAUCAGCUGGGCAGUGCCGCUAAACGCAACAAAGCACAUGCGACUACUGAGGAGAAGACAGGUUUUGGAAAUCUACGAAACUCACGACUAUCACGAGGGUACUUACACUUGCGUAGUCACUGGCACAGAAGAUCACCGCAUUUCUGCAGACGCAACUCUACGUCUCGUACAACCUACGAAAGCACGCAUUACCGUAGCACCACCUGCAGACAACAAUGUUGCUGUCGAAGGCUCCGACUUGGAACUGCGUUGCUCUAGCAGGGGAAGACCACGACCAAAGAUUUCUUGGUUAUGGCAGGAAGAAACGCUGCCACUACACUUGGUCACCGGAGGUCGCUAUAUUGUGCGUUCGUAUCCUUCUGGCAUGGAAACGGGUACCAUAGAAAUGAAUUCGUUGAAUGCGCAGAACAAGUACAUCACAGAUAGUGUUACCUCAUCUGAAACUACUAGUGUCUUGCAUAUUCGAAAUAUCACCAAAAGGGACUCCCAUGGACGCUAUAUUUGUUAUGUAUCUAACAGAAUGGGAUCGGCACGGGUGUCCACUGUCAUCCAAGUUUUGACUAGGCAAGAGGCGUCUCCAAUGCUUUCAAAGCUUACUGAAUCCCAAGGUAACUCUAUGACGUCGAAAAUGAUGAAAGAAACGCCAGAAACGAAGUUGCUGUCUUGGGAUGAACUCGUUCGCCACGUCAUAGAGAAAGCCAGAAUACGUAUUGAAGCCGCGAUCAAGAACACUGCUGAAAGACUGCGCGAUCCAAGCCGUCGUCGAUCUUCUGCGGACGUUGCAUCUUUGUUUCGCCAGCCAAGUCGAGCAGCACUUGAAUUGGCGAAGGCGGCGGAAGUUUACGAAGCUGCCAUUGAUGAGGUCACUAGCAUUCUGAGACAACGUGGCCACAGGAAGUUGGAUAUGCAUGGCGUACCAGAGGCCGGGGAACUCAAACCCGAAGAAGUGUCAGAUCCCAAUUCGCGGGAAGCCUUCGGAAUUCAAUUGAGUGCCGAUCAACUAGCCAUAAUAUCACAACUUUCAGGGUGCCAAGAAUCCAGUAGUAUCGAUCCAUGCUCCCAGCAACUCUGUUUUCACUUACGAUAUAGAUCAAUCGAUGGCGCCUGUAACAACUUUGAUCACCCUCGCUGGGGUGCGGCACUAGCCCCAUUCAAGCGGUUACUUCCGCCACAAUAUGAGAAUGAGAUAAACACUCCUAUUGGUUGGUCACCCACGCGACUGUACUUCGGCUACCCAAAACCUUCAGCAAGACUAGUUUCAAUAAAACUUUUAGGUGACGCCACACUUCUUGGAAGGCAUAUCUCAAGGUUGAAAGCGCUUGAGGAAUGGAACAAAAAUCGAAAAGAAAAGGUUAAAAUGAUUCAAAGCGGUAACAUUUCUGAUCGAUCCACAACGUCUUUAGAAGAGUCUCCUUUUUCAAUGCCAAGACAUCGAUUUGAACAACUCAAGAACAACAUGAAGAACUUCGAGGAGGAGCACGGAAGUUUGUUCGAUGAGGAUGAGAAGUAUUCGGGAAUGUUAAUGCAGUGGGGUCAAUUUUUGGACCACGACCUUGACUUUACCCCUGUGGAUGCCUCGGUCAGUCGGUACAGUGACGGACUCAAUUGUAACGAAACCUGUCUUCACGAUCCUCCGUGCUUCCCCAUCCUAGUUCCACCCGGUGAUCCACGUAUUAAACAUCGGUGCAUAGGGUUUUCAAGGUCCAGCGCCACUUGCGGUUCGGGCUCCACUUCAAUCCUUCUCGGUAAACCACACCACCGGGAACAGCUGAAUCAGAUCACCGCAUUUAUCGACGCAUCAAAUGUGUAUGGAAGCGAUGAAUUUGAAAACAGUCAACUGCGAGAAACCUUGCAUGAUGAGGGAAAAAUGCGAACCGGUAUGCCUACACCUGCAGGCAAACCUUUACUUCCGUUCAACAUUAGAGGUCAGGUUAGUUCUUUGGAUUUAGCGCUAUCUAAAUUACAGUGCUUCGAGUGUCGACAUAGCAGACAUUUAACGACAUAGAACACUAGUAAUGGGACAAGCUAACCAUAUAACCUUGGAGCUUGAUAUUAUUUGCUUGACCUAAUCCGAUUUCUU